CCAAAGGAACAAUCGUUCUGCACGGUGGAGGGAGAUUGAAAGAUGGUGUUCAACGGCGUUCUAGUAUUCGCGGUAGCCGACAUAUCUGCGGACGUCUGGCAGCGGAUCUUAAGCAUACAUGAGGAGCUGAGCAGCCAACAGCUGCUUGAUACUCUGUGCUGCUUCCCUCUGCAGCAAUUGGGUCGUUUUGCUCUCUGUCUCUGGAAUUUCCUCUGUCUUCCCCUGCCAGAUUCCUACUACACUUACAAUUACUCCUCCUCUGAAUCUGAUCUUCCACUUGAUCGUUAUGCUGGUUCGUUCUCCUCCUCAUCCUCUAUCAUUGACCUUGAUGACUACUACCACCACCACUCGGAUUAAUUGCUGCUUGUGACAUCAGAGGUGUCUUUUUCACACGAUCUUCUUGCAAAGUAAAUAAAACAAAUUUCUUCUGUGGCCUCCUGGCCAUGUGACACAGAUUUACAGAUUGAGCAGAAGUUGAUUAGUUGGAGAUGGUUGCUUUGCUAGUUUAGACUUCUGACUAAUAAAUCAUUUGUACGGUUCCUUCUGGUUAAGAAGGAAGCUUCUUUUCUGGUAAGAAAGUUUUUAGUACUUGAGUUCUGUUUAAGAUGGCCUUUUAUGUAUAACAGCAUCUAGACAUAGUUCUGUGUAUUUAUACUCUAGUAAUAUGAUUCAUCACAAUAGGGAGGAGUUGUAUCUGUAAGGAAACAUUUUCUUUGUAUAUAUUACACUCACAAAUUAUAUUU